CAAUCUUAUCUAGUGUAUCCAAAGAUGAAAGGGGCGUAACUCUUAUGGCAACCAUUCGGAGAGCCAUCUUAUGUUUCGGCAGACGUUAUUUUGUUUAAAAGAAUAUUGUCUCUUUUUUAAGCCGUAAGAUUAUAGUGACAAAAAUCACCUUACCCAAGAGGUAACAGCUUUCUGGAGAGCUUAUAAGCAGAUUUUAUAUAUAUAUAAAAAAAGAACUUGUAGAAAGGAUAAAGUCCUAGGAUUGGGAUAUUCCUCGAGAGAGGAAGUCAGCCUCUUAAAGAAGACAGCAAUUUAAAAGAAUACAUCACAGGGGAAGCUAUCCCACCCAUCCGAGGCAUACAGUUCCCGAAAAAGUUAUAUGCUAGGAAGUUUCAAGGCAAAUGGCUUCUAAAGACAAAGCUAGUCUCAUAAAUGCCAAUGCCAAGGCAACCAAAGACGAAACUAUACUCAUCCAGGUUAAUGGAGUACCUGUGGACACGGUCCUCAUAGACAGAGGGUCACUCCCAAUCACGGGAGCGCGCAAGCUGCUCAAGCUACGCAAACCCCUGACUGCACGGAGAUUUAGGAAAACAACCAUAAACAUCCCAGCGGAAUUCCUCGCCAUCGUCAAGGGAAUGACCCUUCAGACGAAAUCAUCCUCCCAGGGGAAUAAAGUGAAACUUAGUCAGCCCAUGCUUGAGCAACUCCGUCUGUUGUUUUCUAGAGCGCAGAAAGAGUUUCACCUGCCCGUCUCGCUGGAAGUGUUCACCCUUAUGCUGGAGAGUUGUGGAAUCGAGAAAGAGGCAGCCUCGCGGCUGUUCGCCACAAUUGACUGGCCGGCGGCGGGCCUGAUUUCGUGGGACGAGUUGUGCACCUACCUCUACCUGGAGCUGACACAGGAGGAGUACAUGUUGAUGCGAGCAUGUCGAGUGGAGCUGUACGAGCCCCCCAUCCGCAAAAACUUGCCCCACAGGGAUCCUGCCAUAGCUCUGGCCAGAGUUCAUGAUGGCUUCUGGGUUAUCUGCAGCCAGAUGGGUACGCUCACCUUAUGGUCCUCCACCUUGAAAGUGGUUCGUCAAGCAUUUUGCGUGAGCGAGUCAAGAAACUGUAAUAGAUUGGCGAAGAAGUGGAUAACUGGAAUGGUCCUGAUGCCGGAGUACAGCAAGGUUAUCCUGACAACUGGAGAUCGGGAAAUCCAGUUUUUCGACUCAAGCUCAUUCCGACCGUUCUGUCAGUUGAGCGGCCUGAGGACACAGCCAAUGGCUGUGCAUUACGGCUCUUUGGGAGAAGGUAAAUGCAUCAUUGUGUACGGUGACCAGGCUGGCUGCGUAUCCGUGCUGACCUUUAAGAAAAUGGGCUCGUCAUUCAGGUAUUGGCACAAGGCGCCUCUGUACGAAGGUUUCAUCCCUAGCGUCCUGCUGGACCACGCAGUGGAGGAAGAGAGGAUAGACUUCACGUGCUGGCACGUGCACAAUGACUGGGUAGACAUGGUGCGCUACUACCCCGAGACUGACCAGGUCGUGUCCUGCUCGUCAGAUAUCAAUGCGUCGCUCGUGAUUGGGAGACGAAGAGCCAGCACCAACGUCCAGCAGGCUAUGGGUGAACAGCCGUCCAGAACCAAGUUUCUUGAGGCCAACGCCGUCCCCCAGCCACGGGCUCCGCAUGACCAACUGGUGUUCGGGGUAUUCUUGGGGGUCAGCUGCUUCGACUUCAACUAUGAGAUGAAAAUUGUGGCCACUGGAGGAACGGAUCACCAUAUCCGCUUGUGGAACUGCUACUUUACAAAGUCCCCCAUUGCAACACUGCGGGGUCACUACACGCCUAUUUUCUACCUCAUAAUCUGUGGCAACACAAAGCGGCUGUAUAGCGUCUCUAAGGAUAAGUGGGUCAAGGUAUGGGACGUGGUGCAGCACACGUGCAUACAGACCUUACCCUGGCACGUUCUCCAUCUGACCGGGGAGCUCAACGCGGUGGCCUUCAGCUGUGAGUCCGGGUCCCUGGCGCUGGUGGGCGAAAACAUGGUUAAGCUGAAGCUCAGGGCCAGGAAGGACGUGAAAGAGCGCUUCGUGAAGUCACAUGACAGCCCCGUGACAUGUUGCUGUUACAGCGAGGCGCUUAAGCAAGUCAUCACAGCCUGCGAGGGUUCGGUGGUAAAAACCUGGAACUUGGAGACAGGUCUCCUGGAGUCGGAGUUCAGAGAUGCCCAUGACAGCCAAGGCGUGGCCAGCAUGACCUUAGACCCUUUGGGCAGACGACUGAUCACGGUUGGGAGGGACGGAACGGGGAGGAUUUGGAACCACAACAACGGCCAGCGACUGAACGAACUACAACCUCAUGGCAGAUCGGCUCCUUUGACCACAGUCACCUACGUCGACAUAUACAAAGAAGGGUUUAUACUGACUGCUGGCUGGAAUCGGCGAAUCAACGUGUACCACGACGACAUCGACUCCAACACUUUCAUUCUUCCCCUGAUUCCCAACUUCACCAAGGACGUGGCGAAAAAAGGUCACAGGGAAGACGUCCUGUGCAGUGACUUCUGUCCACCUAAGUGGAUCGCCACGGGAGGGUUCGAUGGACUGGUUAUGAUAUGGGACAAGGAGAAGAGUCAACGCGAUUUUGUUCUCUGUGCUCCCCUUCCACCCGACCUUGAACCCGAAAAUGAACAAGAUAAGGGCGUGAACUGCUUGGCUUUUCUCAAGCAACGAGUAAAACGACGGUUGCCAGGGACGCUGGUGGUCGGUGGUCCUUAUGGUUACGUGCACAUCUGGGACGCCAUCUACAAGGCCUCCUUGGUGGCACAGUUUGGACUGAAGAGACAAGGGCCACAGGACUUCACCGUGACAGCAGUAGGAAGUGACGUCGACAACAAGAUUUUGGCAGUGGGCGAUAGCCAGGGUCACAUCACAGUCUACACCCUGGACCAUUGCAUCAUGCGGAGAACGGAGGGUGGACCACCACCAGAGCUGGCUUGCUGGGAGGCUCACCUGAAAGCAGUGACGGACCUCAAGGCGGUGCUCGAGCACCCCUACCUCGUUUCCUGCUCCGUCGAUGGUUGCGUGCGUCUGUGGACGAUCCAAGGCCACCUGAUCGGCACCUUUGGGCAGCGGCAGCUUUGGGACUUGAAAGACGAGUCAACUUUCAGGCAUCCGCGAAUUCCCUCUGAUAUCUGGGAUGCCUUUUACGAAAUAGAAUUCCAAAAUUCCGAGGAGACCAAAGCUGAAGAGUGCUUGAAAACAGAAGCAACACACAAAGCCGGAGAUGCUAAAGGCGCCGUUGCAGAAGCCGUGGACUAUUGUAAAAAACGGAAAUCCGAGCCGCCCAGACGCCACAGACACUUCGAGGACGAAGGCGUUCCACGCGUGUACAGCCUUAGCGGCAGCGUCGCACCCUAUUGCGCAUUGCGUGUUCAUUCGCUGCAUCUUCCUCCCGUUGACCCCAAGUUACCAGCUGCAUUAGCAGCGCAGAUUUCCACCGAGUGAUCGGCGGCUUCUUCAGUUGCAGUCUUCUUUGUUUUGCAUCAUCGUAAUCCAUCAUCAUCGACAGCAGCAGCAGCAGCAGCAGCAGCAGCAGCAGCAAGAGGAACAUGUUCAAGAGACACCCUCACGCCGUUCACUGUUUAUUUGGCUUCAAAUCCCACAUGGUUAUAUCGUGAAACUACGUGAAAAGCUUUUCACGUCAGCAAAAAGAACGAAAAUGAAGUAAUAAAGCAAAUAUGAAGCUUGUUGGACAUUCCAUGAUCCAGCUGUUGCUCUUAUCCUUUCCUUCUGUUAACAGCAUGAGUUCCUUCAGUUCACCUGCUGAUUCGGCUGUUGGUAAGAAGUGAGAACCACUGUUUUUUGCAAUCAACCUUUCCUUGUGAUUCAUAUGUCUGCCGUCGAGUUGUAAAGAUCUGCUGUGAUAUCUUCGGAUGUUAUCUGGCUAGGCAUUGCAGAUGUUCACCUACACAAACAUUUUUUCCUAGCGCCUAAUAGUGGUUUAUCUUUCACUCGGUAGUCUGCAUCAUACGGAGCUCAUUUUUCAUUUUGCUUCACUCUGAUAGCAGAGUAUGAAUUUGCUUGUUUAAAUUUUACGUUGCAGAGACUUUAAAGUCUUUCAUUCCAACUCUAUUUAGUCCUUUUAGAAGACGCAUUUUAUGGAAGGGAAUUUAUAAACUGUACAUUUUCUUGACUUUUUGAACAUAAGUAUGGAAAGCGGUCAUUGUAUUAGCCGUUACAUAUUGUCCAGUGAAACUUUGUAAACCAUUCUGAAGUCUCGAGUAAUUAACACAAAUUGUAACCCACGUUUUGGAAUCUCAGGUAUAUAAAAUUAUGGUGACAGUGGAUUUGUCUUGUAUCUUGUAGUUAAAAUUUUUAUCGAUCGUUGAUUACAGUCACGAUGGUUAAGCAGUUACAGCUUACCUUUAAAAGUAUGUGCGUAAGUGUAAGAACGAUAAUAGUUUAAAUACUGCAACACUUUGUUGUAAGUGAAAAUUAUAGUUAGCAAGUACAUAUGACUGAGUGACGUAUUCACCAGAUGAUGGUUAAGCUCUAAUGUUAACAUCCUUCUGACAGCUGCACCAGGAUAUUUGAAAAAAAGUCGAAGGUGUUUAGCAUUAAAUAUAAUUUGUUUCCCGUCUCAGCAAAGCUCUCUGGUAAACUAAACGUCCCACUCCCAUAACACAAAACAGCAGUCACGUGACUCGGUAGAUUUCAAAUGUUUAUUUAUUGCAUCUGUUUGGAGUCUUAAUUCGUAAUUAACAAAGAUUGCUUUUGUUUAUUGAUUAUUUAAUUACAAAUAUAGUCAAGGGCGUGUUUAUUUAUCUGAAAGGCCACAUUACACAUUCAAGCGUCAAAAUUUCCAGACCGUAAGGGACACAACUAUAUAUAUAUAUUAAAAUCGGUUUAAAAAGUUUGAUUGAUGCCCUUGCAGUCAAUUGCUAAAAGCGCAACGGUAAAAAUGUUGAAAGGCGGAGUUCAGAGUUCGUCUAGGUGUGCAACACAGUUUUCGUUGUUAUGUCUGUCAUUUAUAUUUUUCUUCUGCAUUACGUUUCUUUAUAACCUUCUCCGAGAGUGCUAAAUUACCGGUAUGGAAGUGAGCACAAAAAGCUAGCAUGUUCUUUAUCGUAAAAAUGUGCUUAAGUUACGUAAGAGCACUCCAAAUCACAACUGCCAAGGGGA